AUGAGUUCAACUGUAAUUAAGUUUAGGGCUGGUUUUUGUGAAUAUAACGAAGACUCCCGUCUAUGUACGCCAAUUCCAGUUCAGGGUGAGAUCGAGAUCAAACCAAAUGAAGAAGAAGAAUUAGGAUUUUGGGAUUUUGAGUGGCGUCCUACGGAAAAGCCAGUUGGAAGAGAGCUUGAUCCUAUCUCUUUAAUUUUGAUUCCAGGAGAAACGAUGUGGGUUCCGAUAAAAUCCACUAAGAGUGGCAGAAUAUUUGCUUUAGUUUUUUCAUCUAACGAAAUGUACUUCUUUUGGUUACAAGAGAAGAGUUCAGGUAACUUGCCUCUAAAUGAAUUGAGUGCGAAAGAUAAAGAAAUUUAUGACAAGAUGAUUGAAGUGCUGAAUAACGGUGGUGAAAGUGAUAAUGAGGAAGAAAGUCAUGACGAAAAACAAAAAGCCCAAGAUGUGGAUGUUAAUAUGCAAGAUUAA